UAUAAGGUCCGUGAGUUUUAAUUGUAUUUAGUGGGAGUAGAAAACAGUACUUGAACUCCACCUUUCCAGAAGCAGAAGUACCCCGUUCAUUCUUUUUUGAGCAGUGGUCAGAUCUCUUCUUCAAGUACAGACUGUCUCAUAAUAGCUCAUAACCUGGAUUCACAAACAUCAAAUGCCUACAGUGUGCAAAGCUCUUACCAGGCAGUGUGGAAAACACAAAGACUCACAGCAGCGUGUAAAAUGCCUCCACCCCUCAGGCAGCUGCCUUCCUGUGCAUGGACAUCCUCACACAUACACAAAAACUCAAGGAUCAGUCGACAUCAUACUGUCACCUUCAUAUAAGCAUCGUGUCCUCAUGACUUCUCUUGCGGACCAUGUCCAUGAUCCUUUUUGCCUGUGUGGUAAGGGUGAGGGAUGGACUGCCCCUCUCGGCCUCCACUGAUUUUUACCACACCCAAGAUUUUCUGGAAUGCAGGAGACGACUCAAGACUUUAGCCUUGCGACUGGCCCAGUAUCCAGGUCGCGGAUUCGCACAAGGAGGUGUCUUCAAUAUACACUUUUCUUCUUCGGGGGAUGUGGCCUGCAUGGCUAUCUGCUCCCGCCAGUAUCCAGCAGCCAUGGCCUUCUGCUUCCUGGAGACCCUGUGGUGGGAAUUCACAACUUCCUACGACACCACCUGCAUAGGCCUAGCCUCCAGGCCAUACGCCUUUCUCGAGUUUGAUAGCAUCAUUCAGAAAGUGAAGUGGCAUUUUAACUACGUAACUUCCACUCAGGUGGAGAGCAGCUUAGAAAAAAUUCAGGAGGAGCUCGAGUUCCAGCCUCCCACGGUCCUCACUCUGGAGGACACAGAUGUGGCAAACGGGGUGAUGAACGGUCACACACAGAUGCCCCUGGAGCCUGCUCCCAAUUUCCGAAUGGAACCAGUGACAGCCCUGGGUGUCCUGUCCCUUAUUCUCAAUAUCAUGUGUGCUGCUCUGAAUCUCAUUCGUGGAAUCCACCUCGCAGAACAUUCUUUACAGGUUGCCCAUGAGGAAAUUGGAAAUAUUCUGGCUUUUCUUAUUCCUUUUGUAGCCUGCAUUUUCCAGUGUUACCUGUACCUGUUCUACAGUCCAGCCAGGACGACAAAGGUGGUGCUGAUGCUUCUCUUCAUUUGCCUGGGCAACAUGUACCUGCAUGGGCUGAGGAACCUCUGGCAGAUCCUUUUCCACGUAGGCGUGGCUUUUCUGUCUUCACAUCAGAUACUGACGCGGCAGCUUCAGGAGAAGCAGUCUGACUGUGGAGUGUGAGGGUGACUUUGUGCAAGGAAUGGAUCCUUGGAUCUUCUUGUGAGGUCAUCUGUGUUUCCCUUUUGGCUUCUCGACUUCACCUCAGGUUUCCAUGCUUGAAGUUCAUUUCGACCAAACCGGACUGAAAGCGAGACUUAGGGACUUUGAACAGGUGCAGAUGAGGGUAUAAGGUCACUUGAUUCCUUGGCCCUGUUUUGUGCUGAGCGUUACCGCAGGAUCUCCAGUUUGGCACGUUUACUUAGGAUGGCAGACAAUGGGGGCUCAUUCAGAAAGGCAUUAUUGGCAGAUCAGAAUUAUUUUGGUCUUUUAAAUUAAAUGAUGCAAUAAACCACUAGAUUCAAUAAUACUAGUUUUAGUAAUUGGCAGUUGUCUGGAACCACUUUGAAAUCCAUAUCAGCUUUUCAGUAGAAAUGUGACUUGGUUUGUUUUUUUAGAGGGUCAGUACAGGGUGAAUUGAAAACUUCAAAAUAUGGUUCAUAAAUAUAAGCCAGAUAAAUUUUGUUUACAUUUUUUGAUAACUUAGGCUCAAUAUGAUACCUUUAGAAUAUUUAAAUAUAUUUUGGAUAUGGAUUGAACUUAUCUUCAUUUAGGGUAAGGACAGACUUAAAGCUGAGAAAAUGGCUAAGAAAGCUGAAUUUAUUUAAUUUAUAUGUAAGCUUUUGCGGUAGUGGGACUCUAUGGGUACAGAAAUGUUUUGUACUUAUUUGCAGGGUAUAUCUGAAUAUUUUAAAAAUUGAGUGACCAAUUCUAUUGGAUCAUAAAGUUAUAAGCAUGAGCAGAAAUGAGAAUUUCAGGAUUCCUUGCAUUGGGCCACAGACUGGAGUAGUUGAGUCACACGGACUCACACAGUGGCACUUUACAGACGCAGGAGGGAGAGGCUGCUGUCAUUGUGGCAGCCGAGUGCCUGUCAUUUUAAUGAGGGUGAAUACGUGACUCUGUGUGCCUGUUGCCAGAAGACCUCCCGAAUUAAUCAUUCCUCUACACCUUUCCCAAUUUUAAUUAUAUCAAGGGCCUCAGUUUUUAUGAACAAGAGUUAAGUAGGUGUUAACUUUUUUAAAGCUUUAUAAACAUAUAAUUAACCCUGUGCCCUGAAAAGUUACUUUUCUUUUUCUCAUUGUCAAAAUAUUGAUCAAUCAUAGUUCCCAAAAUGUGGACGUGAAUCAGAUCCCUUAGGUCUCUGGAAAUUGCAGCCUAGGUUGUCCGGUACCAUUCAGGAGGUCAUUUUGAGGAGCUUACCCUUGGAUUGUUCUGGAAUCUGAAUAGCUAGAAGUUUUAGAAGUCUGGAAUCUGAAUACCUCAGUCACAACUGCAUGGAAUACUUGGGGUUGAAUUACAUAGUCUUGAAAAAUGAACAAGUCCUGGUUUGAUAGUUUGUAAAAGUUGAAAACCAUUGAUUUCAAGAGUUUUUGAGCAUAUGAGGGAAGCAAGAAGAUUGUUUCGGGGAAUUCAGUUGUACUUGGUUAUUACUGGUGGUGUAUUUGUUACUGGGCUGUCCUGGUAUCACUUUAAGGAAAACAAGUUGAUGUGACUGGGAACCGUUGGGUAAAUGUUGCCACAGUGAUUUUAUUUUCUUAUAAUAGACUUUUCUAUUUUUAAUCAAGUAGAAUAUCUGAAUAUGAAAGUUCUGUUGGCAACAUCCUCAGAAUCCUGAGGAACCCUUCAGAAUCGUCUCUCUAUUGACUUUGCAUCUGCGUAGUUUUCUGUAUACGCGACAGGUGAAUGUUCAGGCUUUCCGGGAGGUAAUUUUGAAGAGAUGGUAAAAUAGAACGAGAAGCCAAAGGGAGAGACAAGUCCUUUUAUGGUAGAAGCACAAAAAAGCUUUAAAAGUUGGUAAGAACAGCUUACAAAUGAAUUGUUUCACCAAGAGCCCAUGUGCUAUUGGUGGUGUCCUGUAGCUAUGUACCCCAGGUGCUCUAGAGGUCUGAGCUUGUGACCCACAUUCAGCAAGAAGUAAAGAACAAUCCUUGAAGAGGACCCCAUCCUGGGGAAUGCUUUCUGCGCUAGCGGAGAUGUUAUCCACACUUGGUCGAAUGUGGUCUCAGUCGCUUACCAUCUACUUGGGGUUUGGGAUUUACUUUUGUAAACAAAAGGGGAAAGGUGCACUGGACAAGCAUAACAACAUAACGGCCACAUAAACAGUGUUUAACUGAAAUCCAGCUGAAAGAGGCCUCCGCUCACUGAAGGAAGAAACUAACGAUACGAAUAAGAAAGGAGUUCUGGAGAUUUCUUCUGAGGAGAAUCCCAGGCUCAGGGUUGACUUGGUCCAGGCCUGGAGGUUUGUGGCCCCCUGCUGUCACUCUCAGUGCCAGUAGGCUGGCUCCACAUCACAGUAGUCACCCCUCCCCACCACGGACUCAUUGCUGAUCUAGCACCUUUGUUUUCCCAGUGCUUAAAUGCUUCCUGCCAACCCACCUCACAGGGCUAGACCUGGGAAUAGAUAAAAUCAUGCUGAAAACAAAACCUUAAAAGUGCCUUCUGGUACCAGCUGCUGCGAGAGCUGGAGCAUUGGAGCGUGUCAGGGCCCAUCUCGUGUACCAGUGCUCUUGAGCGGGGUUCCCUUCCCCCGAGGAAGCUAUGAAGGAAACACGCAGACUCGGGUUUCCUAGUCUCCAGGCCAGCCGUACGUGACAAGGACCUUUCUGGGGUUCUUUGAACCGGGGGGGGGGGGGGGUCAGCCAGAGCAUAUUUAGUGUGGUGUCCCUCUCAGUACUAGAAGCCCACUGCCUGCAGCAGGAGGGAUGUGACCGUCGUCUCCGGCUUUGCUUCCCAGGCUUGCACCCUGUUACCUGUGAACUCUGUUUUCAGGCCUUGGGUCAGGCAUUAUGGGGUGGGAAAUGGGGUGGAAAAAGCAGUGUCACCAGGAGUGCUGAAAUAAAAACAUGAAGUGGACGUUUCUAUCAACGUCACCAUGAGCUCCCUGUUCUUUUCCUAGAUGUCCCCGUUCUCCAGGUCUCCCCUGCCUCUUUUCACCUCUGCCCCCCACACUUCAGCCCUGGGGACAGAGGCUGGCACUGCAAUGUCUGGGGGGAUGGGAAAGCCACCUUUUUUUGUGUUGAUAGUGUGGGUAGGAGCUUCGGAGAGGGAGCAGGUUGCACUGAGACCCAGCCCUCUCCCCCUGUGCCAGGAGCUUCAGCACACACCUGGCAGGCAGGUCCGGGGGAAAGUAGCACUUUGGUGGUCAGCAUGGCUCAGCGUCAAAGACAACAGCCAUCAGGGUGGGCUGUUUGGGGCACCUGAAUCGGUGGGGAGCAGAGCUGGGGGCUCCCUGUCUGCUGGAAGACAGCAGCUCCUCCUGGCAUGGGGACUGCCAUUUAUUGUUCCUUGAAGGAGUCAGCUGCUCAUGUAACAUGCGGGACAGCUGGCCCCCAGAGACCCUGCUGCUUGCACAGUGCCGCGCAGGUGAGGGCCGACAAGGACGGGAGUGUCUACGGCGACCAGGCGGUGCCCCCGCUCUGACAUUACCCACCUUCCGAUUGUUCCCACACAGAGUCCUGCCCAGGUAGAGGGACACCUGUGCAUGGGGAGUGUUCAUAUGAUGGAAGAGAGAGCAGAUGUGUGCUUGAGAGAGAAGGCGAGGGAUGGGGCCAGCGCACUGCUCAGCUGGCCGGGAGGCCUGGCUCGGCUCUUACACUUGGCCCCGCACCCCUGGCUUUGCACCACCGUGGGCAAGUCACUGCCCGCUGGCCCCAGUGUCCUCAGCUGGGAAAUGGUGACAACAUCAGCCCGCUCCCUGGCCUGCUGGCAUGAGGACAGAAGCCUGGUGGGGGCACAUACUGGGUGAAUGUGUUGUUCAGGUGCCGGGGGGGGGGGAAGCUGUGAGCGGGCCCGCAAUGUGAGGUUAUGUGUGCGUCACGCUCGCUGCACCUCCGGCCGCGUCUUCUGGCCAUUACAAGAAAGGGCAUCUUAUGCUACUGCAGUGUAAACGGCCUGAUCCUUUCACUCCAGAAAGGUAGCGGCCUCUCUGCCUCCUGCCUCCGGGCACCGAGCCCUCGGGACCAUCGGAGUUCAGUCCUCACGGACCCAGGAGGCCAGUUGUACUGGUUGUUAGAGGCUUGUCCUACAGAGCCAGGGACCAAACCUCAAGGUCUGUCUCCAACCCGAGCUCUGCUUCUCCCUUCUUGGAGCAGUGACGUCAAACUCUGUUGUUGGGGAAAUGUCACUGGCAGGGAACCUGUGGAAAAUGGCUUGUUAGUAGAAUCUGGGAAUGGCCGGAUAUGGAAACAUCUGGCUGUGUGUACUGAUGGCAGAGCUGUUCCCCUCAAGCGCCUUUUAUUUAAGGUAAAAUUAUCAAAUCCAUUCUGUUCCUCUAAUCUGUGCUUGGUACAUAUGACCUUCUUUUAACCCUUACAUGUAUACGAUUCGGGGGUUGCUCCAGAAGCAGUAGUUAACGAGUUAUUCGUAUGACUCCUAGGAUUCUGUUUUGUUUAAUGGUCUUUCCUCCUAAGAGGACCAGAUUGGGGCUGAGUUAGCCAGGGCAAAACCAUUUAUUUCACAUAUUCAUUUUGAAUGCUCGCUGUCGGUGUUAUACAAGCUUCUUACUGUUUUUAUGUAUUAACAAAGAUCUAUUUUGAGUAAAUGAUAGGUACGUUUUAACAAACGUCCACACAGUGGUAAAGCCUAAACUUGUCUUGAUGUUUGUGAGGAGUGUUGCCUAGCCAUUUAUAUACUGUGUAUAUGUAAAUUAAAUGGGGUGGCUUCAGAAGUGGGAGGAGAAUAAAUCUAA